CUGUUAUUUACACUUUUAGUAGUUUUUUUUUAGCAGGUUGUCUCAUGCUAUCUCAACAUUCAAAUCCGCAUUCAAACCAGCUCUGUUUGCAUGACUCUGUGCAGUAUAGCCAUAGCCUUGAGCACAUUUACUGAAAGAGAGAAUAGAUGCUUUUUAACUGCGAGCUGGCUGUACUUAUUCUUGAGACUGUACCCGAUCGUAUGAUGGCUGUUAUCUGUAGGGUUUAUAAAUGAAAUAUUGUGCACUAAAUAAUGACUGCAGGUCCUGCAAAUGACCAGGAUCAGUGAUUAGUAAAGACAAACCUACAGAUACUGAUGCGCCUGGUGGAUUCACUACAUUUACAUCUAUUCAUUUACUUUUGUUUAUCCAAAGCAGCUUACAAAUGAGGAAAACACUUUUAGACCAGGACAACACCAAAUAAGUGUAAUUACAGAACAAUCUAAAGAAAAGGAAGGAGUUAGUAGAUUUCAGCUGGUGUUUGUUAAUCCAGGUUGAUAUGUCAGAAGGACAGGCAGAGAUAUGAGCUGAGAGGAGGUGUGGUUUUGAGAAUGAGGAGAUAGAUAGAGCUGCAUGUCCUUUGUCUCGCAGUGAGGUGGGGUAAAUCCAGAAGAGAAGCGGGCUGCGCACCGAACCCUGAGGCACACCACUGGUGAUUCAUGAUGAAGAGGGUUUUGCUCUUGGUUUUUCUGGCAGCUCUGACGCAUGUGACAUUCUCACAGACUCGUAUGUUUUACUUUGUGCCGAAAUUGAUGAGCUGGUCAGAUGCACAGAUGCACUGCAGACAGAAUUACAUUGAUCUGGCCACCAUCGACGACCAGACAGAUGGGGAUGAGAUGAUGAGAGUCAUACGGCAGUCUCAUAAUGGAGACGUGUGGACCGGACUCAGUCGGACAGAUGAGAACGCUUCCUGGGUCUGGUCCGAUCAGAGCCCAUCCACGUUCAUGCCGUGGGCUCCCACUCAGCCGAACAACUGGGAAGGGAAGCAGUUCUGCGUGUUAGUGACUCCGGCGGGGGACCUCAAUGAUGUGAACUGUACAAUAACCCUUCCUUCUGUUUGCUAUACUGAGAGACGCAAACAGACGGUGAGAUUGGAGAUCAGAUCAAGUCAAAAUGUGAAUGAUCCUGCAGUGAAGACAGAGAUUCUGCUGCAGAUAGGGAAGAGACUUGCGGAGAAUGGAUUAACGGAUUAUGCAACACUCUCGUGGAAGAUUCAGCCAGAGGGAAAUGUCUUCCAGAAGAGUAAUGCGACUCAACAGACUGACCCUUGAAAAAUGGACAAGAGGAAGUCUUUUAUUAAUCAACUGUUAAAUAUUAGUGUAGUAAGAGCUGCAUCUUUGAUUUGACACAUGAUUACCCAUUUUAGCUGAUUACAUGUUUAAAACUGGCAGAUAUUUCAGUCACUCAGUACCAAUAUCAAAUGUGAUGAGUAUAUUUAUUUAAAUAAUGUCAGCGAGUCACUAUAAUGUAAUCUUAAUCUUUAAUUUGAAUUAAGGGAUCCUUGUUUAAAUGCUUAAAUCCUGAAACCGUGACAUUAAUCCUAGUUAUUUUAAUUGCUUAUUCAUUUCUAUGGGGAAAAUAACAAGGAGUUUCCAGUUUAUGUGGCCAUUUAAUGAGGAAAAAUUUUAGAGCUAAAUACUAUUUUCGAGUGCUUUUUCUUGAAAUGUUCAAUAUAGGAUCUAUAUAUGCUGUUAUGUUGUAUAGCAUUUAACCUGAAGUGAACUUUCUUCCCUCUGAUCGAAUGUGUUGUCGAUGUUAGACCGCUAACAGCCAGUGAUGCUGAAUGUGCAUCUGCUUCAUCUCUGAAAAAUGACUCUCGAUUGACAUUUUGCUGCUGGUUUUAGCAGAACAGGUAAUCUCAGGAAAAGCAUACUCAGGUUUUUUUUUUUUUUUUUUUUCACAGUUUAUGCAUCAAAGAUACUGUAAUGAGAGCAAUAUUUAUGCUGCGUAUAUAAUCUUAAUGUUUUUGGCUUUAUGAUUGAUUUGUAUGUUCGACAUGUUGUAGACUUGAACUUUGCUUGUUUGUUUUAUAUAAAUCCUUGUCAUGCAAA